AUGUCUGACAUUGCUAUUUUGGUGGCGGAGGAGUACGAGAGGAGGGUGAAGAGCUUGAAAAAGAGUGGUAGUGGUGGUGCAGAGAUUGACCUGGCUUCUUGCGUUUCGGUCAUGGUGUCCAGUCUGAAGGAAAAGAAGCAGCUUGUCCAGUGGACUUUGGAGCCCAAGACCCAAUUUGCCAUGGCUGCUUCUGCCAGCUUCUUCUCUGCUUAA